AUGCGCUGUCGUCCUUUGUCGCUAUAUUCGUCGCCGCUAUAUCGCAACCAAUUCUCCCCCUUCGCCAUCCGCUCCUUCACCACCACCCGCCUGUUGCGUCAAGACCAACCCGAGGCCUUCAUCCGCCAGCUCAAACAAGAAGAGAAGGAGACACGGUCCCAUGAUAUUUCUGCUACCCCUGGAGAAAACGCUGCCUCAGCACCCGCACAAGAACGCAAUGAGACUUCCUCAAUGGUCGAUUUAAUGGACAGCGUCCUAGAUGGCAACAAGGGCGUUCCCACUGCUUCUGAACAACGUACUUCUCGUUUCGCCACUCCUUCUGCUCAGGAGAAGAACCGUGUCAAGCCCAUGGACUCCAUGGAGGACUUCCUCACCAGUCUCAGACCCUCCAACAGAUCUUCAAACUCUCUAAGCAGUCUCUACAGGCCCGAGAUUCGACCUGUCAAGGAGCUCGACUUCACUCCUGGCCCUACCCUCGGCAAGACCGUACAAGUCAGGAAUGGUGGUGACGUCGGCCGUGCGUUCCGUGAGGUUGAACAGCUUUGCGGCAGAAACAGAGUUCGCCAGGACUUCAACAAGCAACGAUUCCACGAGCGUCCCGGUCUCAAGAGAAAGCGUCUACACUCUGAACGCUGGAGAAGACGAUUCAAGGAGGCUUUCCGCGGUACUGUCAAGAUGGUCAACAAGAUGAGGAAGCAGGGUUGGUAG